AUGUUGCGGUCGGUCUUCUCCGGAACCUGGCACUGGCAAUGGACGGCACGUCGUCUACAAACCCUCAUGAACUGGUAUCCACCCUUUGUGGGAGCCGGUGUAAAGGUCGUCACCCUCGCCAACGACUUUCGGUACGCCAAGGUACAAAUGCCUCUCACUUGGUACAAUCGCAACAUUGUGGGCGUACACUUUGGGGGCAGUCUCUAUGCCAUGUGCGAUCCCGUUUACAUGCUCCUACUCAUGCACGCACUCAACGACACGAACCGACACGGUCCCCACGAAUUCGUAGUCUGGGACCAGGCCGCGUCCAUCCAAUAUUUACAACCGGGACGGGGAACCGUGACGGCCGAAUUCAUUCUCAAUGACGCGUUGCUCCAACGUAUACAAACAAUGGAACCCGGGACGAAACAAACGUUGGAUUUGGGGGUCGACGUCCGCGACGAAGCCGGGAACGUGGUGGCUCGACUGGUCAAAACGGAAUAUAUUCGACGACUACGUAUGCCGCUUCGACCCAAUACCCAAUCGUGAGACUGGACUAUUCUGAUUGACAACAAUUCCGAGCCCUUGGGGAUUGCCCGGGCCACAAUAAGGGUCCGUUUCGUGUGAUUAGCGAUUUGGAAACCCUCGGACCAAUGCUACACGGAAACGAAACGUCGUGUGGCUUGGCUGCGGUGUGCCCAUGGUCACGGUAUCACUAGUCCGAGACGAAGUUUCGUGUCGAUGGCCUAGUUGUAGCCACAGUGGUUGGUAGUUAGGUAGGUAGGUAGGUAGGUAUACUUCUUUUCUCUCUU